UCAAAUAAUUAAUUGUUACGAAAUAAAUAAUAUAUUAUCUUACCAACACCCUGAUUUGUAUCGAUAAUUUCCACAAGAGAACUAUUUCUUAAGCGUAACUUUUGUUUACAACAGGAGUUAUCAGACAUUAAAGAUGGAGGAAGAAGUACCAAGUGGAUCAGACAACAUUGUCACUGAAUUUAACACAUACGAAGAAUUUUUGAACUCCCAAAUAACUUCCUUGGAUUUAUUUUAUCUUGAGGAUGAAGAGCUUGCACGUCAGUUGGUUGAGUUGGGAUACAGAGGUAGUGGAGAGGUUUUAAAAAGGGAGGAAUUUGAGGCUAGAAAAGCUGCAGCUGAAGCCAGUAGAUUGUCUAAAAGAAGCCAGCAAAAGACACUAGCUCACACUGGAAAAGACCUUAGAAAUCCAUUUUUGAAAGCUCUCGCAUCAAAGGAAGAAGCAAACAGAAGUGGCAAAAUGACAACAAUAAUUUUUAUUCGUGACAAGAAUGCAAGAGGACAGGAGAUUUCAGGUUACAUAGACUAUGCACACAGAAUGAAGACUGAAGAUUUUGAACCAUAUUUUGCAGGAAAGAAAAGACUUCUACCCCGUCCAUCUGAUCUUAGUUUCUACAACUGGGAAACUCAGACUUCCACAUCAAACCCUACACCAAAUUACCAAGUGAUUGCUGAAAAUGCAUCUGGCCUCCUGUUCAAAAAUAAAAGAGACAGAAAAAUCAUCAAUGUUGAUCCAAAGAUUUCAAGCCCUGGUGACAAUUCCACAAGAACUGUGAUAACAUUUGACGAGGAAGACGAGUCACCUAAAUACACACAAGUUGUUAUAUAUGAUCAUAUCACUAGACGAAAAACGUGAAAAACUCAUACACACACUUUAUAUAUUUUAUACAAUAUUGUUUUAUGUUUUUUAUUAUGGACUGUGAAAAAAAUGGAAAUUAAACAAGUUCUUGUUUUUUGUAAGUAAAAUCUUAUUGAACAAACAUCACCAUGCAGGAAAAGUGUUAUAAAGGUAGCUAUUUUACGUAUAUACCUACAAUCAUUGUUGAAGAAAUCUGUU